AUGCUGAAACCGGAGCCGGAUUCGAAUGAAGAAUCUCCGUCGGCCGAUGCCGGAGAGCAGGACGAAGAAGCGGAGGCGUAUCGGGCCAAGGUGCGCAAAGAGAAGAAGAAAAAGGGCUUAGUGAUCGUCAAUACGGGCAACGGCAAGGGCAAAACCACGGCGGCCCUCGGCAUUCUUAUGCGCUCCACGGGACGCCGCAUGCGCACCGCGGUGGUGCAAUUCCUGAAGCCACCCAAGGCCCGUUUCGGCGAGAUCGUCGCCGGACGCGAAAUGGGCAUCGAUUGGGUGGGGACCGGCGACGGCUGGACCUGGAAAAGCAAGGAUCUCGACGAAAGCGAAGCCCGAGCCCAGCACGGCUGGGAGCUCGCCCAGGAAAAGAUCGCGAGCGGUGAUUACGACGUCGUGUUGCUCGACGAAUUCACCUAUCCCAUGCACUACGGCUGGAUCGAUACCCAAGAAGUGCUCGAUUGGAUCCGCGAGCACAAACCACCCAUGAUGCACCUGCUCAUCACCGGUCGUUACGCACCGGCGGAGCUCGUCGAAUUCGCGGACCUCGUCACGGAAAUGCAGCCCAUCAAGCACCCGUUCAAAGAGCAGGGCAUCAAGGCUCAGCCCGGCAUCGAGUUCUAG